CAAUGGCUAUAGUUUGAAUGAUAAUUAUUGAAAAUACCAUCAGGGUGUCGAUAACAUCUGAAACAGUAUCAUGUCAUGGAGAUUCAAUCAUAGAGAGCUAUUUUAAAAUUCAAAUGUGAGGUGAAAAUGUGGGACAUGAUGAACAAGCUAAUAUAUCCAUCCUAUAAAAGACUAAACACAAGCAAAUGAAAUGAACUUGAGGUCACGCAGAUGAAGAGUUCGAGUGAAAGUGACCAUAGUGUUUUCAACUGUAACCUGACAAAAUCUGUAUUUUAAUAGUGUAGACCCAGAAGCAGAAGUAGCAUUUUAACUUAUUAUUAUAAUAAAGCCCCACAUCUUCAAUUCUUUCAAAUGUGCCCACGAUGUUCCCAUGUGCACUCUCAAUUUAAAUAUAAGAGAUAAUCAUAUGCUUUAAACUUAUAUGCUUCAAGGAUUCUAGACCAUUGACAUUACUUCAUGCUUCAAGAUUUAGGUUUAAGUCACCUCAUGGAUACUUAAACUUCGGUUUCAAACUCAGGUUCAUGUUUUUGAGAUAUAUUAUAGGUCCGACAGAAGCAGAAAUAUUGAAGUGGGCAUUUGCAAUACAUUGUCAUUGGGUGGUCCAGGGGUUGGAGAAGCAAGUGAGGCAGCCCACUGCCUGCCUUUAACACAAAGCAACUGUUUGGAAAAGUGAUUUUCGAUAGUUUCACUUUAACAGUUACUACCGUGUGCCACUUUUUGUGCUUCAUAUUUUGUGUCCAAAAGUGCUUGUGACCACACUCGCCAUUGCUCUAAGUCUUCAACCAACUGAAACAACGGGAUCAAACUCAGACCUUGAUUUAACUAAAUUCUCAUAAGUCGACUCAUCUCAACAUAUCCUACCUGUCACUCCAUCGUUGGUUCCCAAUAAUCUCUCUAUUCUCUCUUUAUGCUCUGAAAAUCCAUCACCGUCUCUCUCAACUUCCCCUCCCGAACUCACUCUACAAUGUCUCCUCGACUCUCUCUUCUCUCUCUCCUCCUUCACAUUGCUAUUCUUCCUUCUCUACAACUCAACCCUGUUGAUCUCGCAGCUCUUGCUGAUAUCAAGUCUACUCUCACUGACAUUCCCGGCUCUGACUUCUUCUCCUCCUGGGACUUCACCGUACCUGAUCCCUGCUUCUCCUUUACCGGAGUCACCUGUACUCUCUCCCGAGUCUCCACUCUUACACUGGGAACUGGCCUUUCCGACACACCUGGACUCGCCGGCUCCCUCUCCCCCUCCAUUGCCAACUUAACCUCCUUAACCCAGCUCAUUCUCUUCCCCGGACUUGUCACCGGCCCCAUCCCUCCCCAACUCGGUCGACUCACCAACCUCCGAGUCAUUUCCCUGACAAAUAAUCGCUUAACUGGCACGAUACCCACUUCGUUUCGCUCUCUCAAGAGAUUGCAUACGCUCGACCUGAGCUUCAACCAGCUCAUCGGGCAAAUCCCGCCGAGUUUGACAACCCUUCCGGAGCUGAAGGUCCUCAUUUUGGCGGACAAUUCGUUGUCUGGUGAGUUGCCGGUCGUGUCGACUCAGUUGCUACAUUUGGAUACGAAGAAAAAUAAGCUCACCGGACCGUUAAGAUCCCUGCCGUUAACAUUGCGCUACGUGGCGCUGGCUGAGAAUUCCCUGACGGGCCCACUGAACGGCUUAGAAUCACACUCAGAGUUAGUGUACCUCGACUUAAGCAUGAACCAAUUUAAUGGGCCCAUCCCGCCCCAACUGUUUAAUCCUUCCCUCUCUUCAAUGUUCUUACAACGGAACAAUUUAUCGGGUGGGCUCCCACCAAAGUUCGUGGGCCCCACAUCAUCAAAAACGUACGGCGGAGGAUCGGUGGUUGAUCUUAGUCACAAUUAUCUAACGGGGGAGUUAUCAACGGUGUUAGCGGGGGUGGAGAGCUUGUUCUUAAACAACAAUCUUCUGGUGGGGGUGGUGCCGGAGGAGUACAUUGAGAGCUUGUUCAAUGGGGCCACCAAAACUUUAUACUUACAACAUAAUUAUUUGUCAGAGUUUCCGUCAAAGCCUGGCUUGGUAUUACCCGAUACGGUGUCGCUUUGCUUAACGUACAACUGCAUGGUGCCGUCGGUGAGGUCGACGUACUGCCCUGCAAGUGCGGGUGGACAAAUCUCGAGACCGUCGUCGCAAUGUUCCAGGUUUAAGAAUCAGAACUUAAUAGAUUAAGAAAGAAACUUGGUUAUACGUUAACGUUAUACAUAGGGAUACACAGUUGAGUGUUGGUUACAAAAUAUUAUUAUCCAAUAAAUUAUAUCUAUCCA